UCUCGGUGCUGCGCUCCCCAUCCUCGGGCUACCACCGCGGCAGUCCGAAGCGCCCGAGUCCCGCAGAACCUGUCCCCAGUCUGUCGCCACCGCCUGGGCCCGGCCAGGGGACUUCGCCUCCGUCACGAUGGGGCUCCUGCCCAAACCCGGAGCGCGCCAGGGCAGCGGCACCUCCUCGGUCCCAGCCAGACGCUGCUCCCGCUCGGUCUUCAGCAACAUUAAGGUAUUCGUGCUCUGCCAUGGCCUCCUACAGCUCUGCCAGCUACUCUACAGUGCCUACUUCAAAAGCAGCCUCACGACGAUUGAGAAGCGCUUUGGGCUCUCCAGUUCUUCCUCGGGUCUCAUUUCCAGCUUGAAUGAGAUCAGCAAUGCUACCCUCAUCAUCUUUGUCAGCUACUUUGGCAGCCGGGUGAACCGCCCACGGAUGAUUGGCAUAGGGGGGCUCCUCCUGGCUGCAGGGGCCUUUGUCCUCACCCUCCCACACUUCCUGUCGGAGCCUUAUCAAUACGUCUCGACCACUGCCGGAAACAGCAGCCGCCUUCAGACCGACCUCUGUCAGAAGCAUUUGCCGGACCUGCCCCCGAGUAAGUGCCAUAGCACCGUGGCAGAUACCCAAAAGGAGACCAGCAGCAUGUGGGGCCUGAUGGUGAUUGCUCAGUUGCUGGCCGGCAUCGGGACAGUGCCCAUUCAGCCAUUUGGGAUCUCCUAUGUGGACGACUUUGCAGAGCCCACCAACUCACCUCUGUAUAUCUCCAUCCUGUUUGCUAUCGCAGUGUUUGGACCAGCUUUCGGGUACCUUCUGGGCUCAGUCAUGCUGAGGAUCUUUGUGGACUUCGGCAGAGUGGACACUGCUACAGUGAACUUGAGCCCAGGAGACCCCCGGUGGAUCGGAGCCUGGUGGCUGGGCCUGCUCAUUUCUUCAGGCUUCUUAGUUGUUACUUCUCUGCCUUUUUUUUUCUUCCCUCGAGCAAUGCCCAGAGGAGCAGAGAGGUCUGUUAUCGCAGAUGAAACAAUGAAGAUGGAGGAAGACAAGUCAAGAGGCUCCCUGUUGGAUUUCAUUAAACGGUUCCCCCGCAUCUUCCUGAGGCUGCUGAUGAACCCACUCUUCAUCCUGGUGGUCCUGACUCAGUGUACCUUCUCCUCUGUCAUCGCUGGCCUCUCUACGUUCCUCAACAAAUUCCUGGAGAAGCAGUACGGGGCCUCAGCAGCCUAUGCCAACUUCCUCAUUGGUGCUGUAAACCUUCCUGCUGCAGCCUUGGGGAUGCUGUUUGGAGGAAUCCUCAUGAAACGUUUCGUUUUCUCUCUGCAAACCAUCCCCCGAGUGGCUGCCACCAUCAUGACCAUCUCCAUGAUCCUCUGCGCCCCUCUCUUCUUUAUGGGAUGCUCCACCCCAGCUGUGGCUGAGGUCUACCCCCCCAGCACAUCAAGUUCUAUACAUCCGCAGCCUCCUGCCUGCCGCAGGGAUUGCUUGUGCCCGGAUUCUGUCUUCCACCCAGUCUGCGGAGACAAUGGAGUCGAGUACCUCUCCCCUUGCCACGCGGGCUGCAGCAGCAUCAACAUGAGCUCAGCAGCUUCUAAGCAACCGAUCUAUCUGAACUGCAGCUGUGUGACUGGAGGAGGAUCUACAUCAGCAAAGACAGGGGCGUGCCCUGUGUCCUGUGCACACUUCCUGCUCGAGUCCACCUUCCUCAUCUCCUUCGUGGCGCUCAUCGCCUGCGUCUCCCACAACCCGCUCUACAUGAUGGUUCUUCGCGUGGUGAACCAAGAUGAAAAGUCAUUUGCCAUUGGGGUACAGUUCUUGUUGAUGCGCUUGCUGGCCUGGCUGCCAUCUCCAUCCCUGUAUGGUCUCAUCAUCGACUCCUCCUGUAUCCGGUGGAACUAUCUGUGCUCAGGGAGACGAGGGGCCUGUUCAUAUUACGACAACGAUGCCCUCCGAAACAGGUAUCUGGGCCUGCAGGUGGGCUACAAGGCCCUGGGCACACUGCUGCUCUUCUUCAUCAGCUGGAGAGUGAAGAAGAACAGGGAAUAUAGCCUGCAAGAGAAUGCCUCAGGCCUCAUCUGACCCUCAGUCAGGGCCAUUGCCCUGUCUCAGAGACUGGACCAUACCCCUCCACACCUGCCUCUAUUAGCUAAUGUUAACAUGCCCUUUCCUUUUCAUCCAUUCUCUCUCUCUCUCUUUCUCUCU